GAAAUGCAUAUACCAGAACUUUCCGAGCAGGAAAAGGCUGCAAUCAUUACAUCUGAAGACUUUCUGCACUUUUUUGAUCAAUCUACAAGAUAUAUCGAGCGUGCUCUUGCGGAAGACUAUGACAUUCUUUCAGACUAUACUGCUACUGUAGAUCAACUACCAUCAAAAGGAGUCGCCGAGAUUCAGCGAAAAUGCGUGUUUUCCAAUGAAAAACUUACAAAGAAUAGAUCUGUUACCGAUUUGGAUUGGUCAACACACUAUCCUGAACUGCUUCUGGGAUCUUACAAUAAAAACUCGGCCAACAUCAACGAACCUGAUGGGCUGGUUUUACUGUGGAAUCUCCAUAUGGCUGGUCGGCCAGAGUUUUCACUUCAAGCCCAGUCUGAUGUUAUGACUGCAAAAUUCUCUCCUUUCCACCAUAAUCUUGUGGUUGGUGGAACCUAUUCUGGACAGAUUGUCAUUUGGGACACCAGAGCCAAGAGUACACCCAUUCUCAAGACAUCAUUAUCAUCACCCGGACACUCCCAUCCGGUUUACUCACUUUCGAUCGUUGGAACACAAAAUGCACACAAUCUUGUUACUGCAUCUACAGACGGUGUGGUCUGCACUUGGCAAUUGGAUAUGCUUGCUCAUCCUCAGGAUCUGAUUGAGUUGACGCAUCCCAGCAAUAGUCGAACAGACGAAGUUGCGAUUUCUUGUAUGGACUUUUCCAAAAAUGACUUUACAACUUAUUGGGUAGGAACAGAAGAAGGCAACAUAUAUCAAUCCAAUCGUCACGAUCGUGCUGGAAGGUGUUUUGUAUAUAGCGGACAUAAUGGCAUGAUUACUGGAAUAGAUUUUCAUCCAUCAGAAACGGAUGCAGGGUUUUGCGAUUUAUUUUUGACCUCGUCUGUGGAUUGGACUACCUCUAGAGUGGGGAUGCAAUCCUCUGGUCCUAUAUCGUGCCUCCAUUCGUUUGACGAGGCUCAAGACUAUAUAUUCGAUGUUGCUUGGUGUCCUACCCAUCCCGCCAUAUUCGGAUCCGUUGAUAGCAGUGGCAGAUUUGAUUUGUAUAAUUUGGCCAUUUCGGAAGUUCCAAUUGCUACAGAAGUCGUGCCCAAUAAAAAGGCACUCAACAAGCUUGGCUGGGACAAAGAAGGCAGACAUGUUGGUUUAGCAUCCAUUGAUGGAUCGUUGUCUGUAUAUGAUACAGGAAAGGUGAGUGGAUUUGCAAUUGCAAGUUGUCUAGCCAUUGCCAUGCUUCUCGUGUGCCGAGAUGCGCUUGUUAUCCUUUGCUGA